AUGACGCUGGCCGAGGAGUUCCGUUCGCGCAAUUUCAGCAUCUAUGGUCAAUGGACCGGUGUGCUGUGCAUUAUCCUGUGUCUUGCCCUUGGAAUCGCCAACAUCUUCACCUUUAGUCCGGUGUUGAUCAUCUUCAGCUGCCUCUGCAUUGCCACGGCCUUCGUGGUCCUCUUUAUAGAGGUUCCCUUCCUCCUCCGAAUCUGUCCCACCUCCCCCAAGUUCGAUCAGUUCAUCCGCCGCUUCACCACCAACCCGAUGCGCGCCGCCAUCUACGUGGUCCUCAGUGCUAUCCAAUGGGUCAGUCUUGUCAGCAGAGCGUCUAGCUUGAUCGCUGCGGCCGUGUUCCUCCUCCUCGCGGCUGUAUUCUAUGCUCUGGCCGCCGUCACGAAGCAGGAAUUCGUCGGCAGCAAGACCCUGGGUGGUCAGGGAGUCGCGCAGAUGAUUGUGUAA